UUUAUGCGUCUCCACUCCGAUCUACAAAAGCAACGCCUGAUUGUGCUGCGUUCAUUUGUGUUGAGCAAGGAGCGAGCGCUUGAAGCGACCAGAAGGCACCCCCGCAUAGCUUCCGCGUCCAGCAAGGAGUACCUGGUCUAACAGUGAUAGAAUCAUGGAUGUGACUACAACCACCGUCCUCGGCGCACUUCUGCUCGCUUUGUUAGCAGUGGCAACAUCUAGCGGUCUCCCAGCAGACGAAGGCAGACUGGAUGAGGCUAGCCUGGCAGCAGAGAAGCGACCAAAGUACAUGGACACACGCCAGGAGGACUUCGAGAUGGUCAAGCAGACAGUUUUGAUAGCCAUGGAAGAGCUGGUUCAGGAAGGCAAGUUGAACCCCAGUGUGCUUGCCGGAGGACAGGGCAAGACCGUUGAGAAGAGGAUGUACAUGGGAAUCUGCAUGCGGCAGUCACACAACCACUUCAUCCCAUACCCAUGCAUGAGGAGUGGCCGCAAAUGAGGUAGUGGCUGCACCAAAUUAAUGACAUAUCAGUUCUCUAUUACGUCACUUCCUGUCUCGUGUGUAUAUUUCGCCAUCUUUCUCCAACUGUCAUGAAAGUACAUCUGACUGAAGUAAAGGACUGCCGCAAUAACCCCAUCGAUUCAUUAAAUAUUUCACAUACAUAUUUAUCUACAACAAUAGGAGUAACAAAAAGCUGCAUCUAAAGAGGAAAGUCCAGAACGGAGUGUGUUACAGCCGACGUCAUAACAACAUCGGAUGACCUUGAACUUGACCCACUUUGACCUGUCGCUCUCGUUAAGCCUCUGUAUUAAUACGCCUCAUUGAGAGUUUGUCAUUGUUAAUAAAGCAUUGUUUUGCGUCACUA